GUUUCUUUCUACGGUGUGCUUACCGAGAGCGCUUGAACGUAAAUUAGGAAGAGCAGGAGGAUCACAAGGCAGGAGGAAAGAGCCUUGUCGCCUCUCUUCCUCGUGUUCUCUGCUCGUCAGCGUGUAACACGGAAACUUGAAUGAGCUCAAAUCACUCCACACCCCUUCCUCCUGCAGCCUCAUGUGUUCGGUCGGAACCAGGAGAUGCCCUGCCGCAUCUUGUACUCUGCCAAGCAGCUCAAGAAGCGCUUACUUCGCCGCUGACGCGGUCUGCAGAGCCCGGAACUACUUCUGCCGAACCGCGUAACUCACCCCGCACAUCACGCGCAACAUUAUCAUCUCCUUCUUCUCUCUUAGCUCAAUCAGUACACCGCGGUGGACGCUCUCCAUCACAAUCGAGCAGCGCAGAACGCCGCACGGCCGCCACCGUCGCCGGGGCAGGAACGCUGCCCACCUCCGCGAAAACGUCUUCGUCCUCGUCAUCCGCCGCGCCACAGGUGAUCGUUUUCGACAACACCAAGGCCGGUCUGCAGGCCGUCGACAAGGAAAAGACGGAAGCCCUCAUUAGGGAGAUCUCCAAGGACUCCAGCUUCUACCAAAACGAGGAGCGGAAGGCGAAGAAUCGGCAACGCCACGUAGAGGCGUUGCUCGUCAAGACUCGCCACUACGAGGCGAAUGUCGAAGGCAGACCGGAUGUCUUUCGCAAAGUACAGCGGGAGGUGGCGGAUCUGGAGGCUACGAUUGAGUCGCACCGCGAGUUCGACCACGUUUACGUACACAUGGACAUGGACAUGUUCUUCGCGGCGGUGGAAAUGAAGAAGAACCCGCACUACGCAAGUUUGCCGCUGGGGAUCGGCGGGAUGGGCAUGCUGAGCACCACUAACUACGUCGCGCGCCAGUACGGUGUGCGGUCGGGCAUGCCGGGCUUUAUCGGGCUGCGUCUCUGCCCUGAGCUGAUCAUCGUGCCGUCCGAUUUCCCUGCCUACCGGGUGGAGUCGGAGAAGUUCAAAGCCGUUGUGCGCACCUACGACCCGUCCGCGCACGGACUUGGCAUGGAUGAGAUCAUGCUGUGCCUCAACGAGUAUCUCGCGCUGCACUACAUGCACGCCAACUCGCACGACGAGCGCUUCGACGCGGCGGAGCGCAUCAUCGAAGAGUGUCGGCGACGAGUGACGGAGGCGACGGGGCUGACGGCGAGCGCCGGCAUCGCGCCCACGCCUACGCUGGCCAAAAUGGCGUCGAAUUACAAGAAGCCCAACGGGCAGUCCUCCGUGCGCCUCUUCACCCGAGAGGCGGUGAUGGCGUUUCUGUCGCCGGUCGCGGUGCGGCAGGUGCCGGGGAUCGGCAAGUCUCAAGAGAGCAUCCUUACGGGGUUGGGCAUCCACACCUUAGGUGACGUCUACGCGGCGCGACACCGCCUGUACUGCAUCUUAACAAAGAAGACGUAUGAGUUUUUGCUUUGUUCGGCGUUGGGUGUGGGCGGGAUGUACGACAGCCGCGAAGCCACCUCCGCGGAGGAGGCGGGGGACGAGGAGAGCGACGGCGACGGAAAUCGCAAGUCGGUCGGACAGGAGCGCACCUUCCGGCAGCUAGCGAAGCGGGAUGACCUGCAGAAGAUUGCUUACCGCAACCUCAGAGAUGCGCACCGCACCCUCACUGAAGAGCGCUUGUUGGCGUCACACGUGGUGUUGAAACUGAAGUUUCGCAGCUUUCAGGUGAAGCAGCACAGCAAGACACUUAACGUAUACACGGAUGACGUGGCUGUGCUGCAACGCGCCUUGGAUGAGGUUUUAAUUCCCGUGAUGGACCAAUUCGCUGACUUUCGUUUGCUUGGUGUUCGGCUGGAGAAGCUGAGGCCGCGGGCAGUGGAGGACGGAGUCGAAGGUGCGACGUGUUUGCCGAAGACGGACAACGAGGACGAGACACGACAGAGGACACUGAGCGACUACUUUAAGCAGCGACAGGACCAUAUGGAACGACGUCGUGCUGAGAUGCAAGAUGGUCACAAGCGAUGCCGCGACAGCGACGUGGAAAGUGCCGAUGACGUGGAUUCGGAUAUUGAGGUGCUGACGCUUCCGUCCGUGAGCCGAGCUGCCGUCAGGAAAGAUGUGAAGAAGAUGGCUGCGGAGCCUUCAGCAGAUGAGAAAGGUGACGCCUUCACGCAAAAGGUGUCCACAACGCUGAAAACAACUGCUGGCAAAAAGCGGGAUGCGAGCGUGGUCGACUUAAGCGAUGACGAGACCGAUAAAGGCGACGACGACGAUGGUGAUGUGACGUACGUAGAGUGA